AUGGAUUUCUUACAUUACGUUCAGGGAAUAGUCAUUCUGGACCAAGCAGGGAAGCGCAUUUUCGCAAAGUAUUACACUAAAGGGGACGUGUCCGAGCCCUCAAAGAGUCUUGACGCAAUUGAAAAACAACGGCAACUUGAAUGUGCUGCCUUUCAAACUAUUAAAGAUAGUAGGUGCAACUUGAGUCUUUCGAGUGAUGAAGACAUUAUGAUUAUAGAUCAGUAUACCAUCUUGUUUCAGCAAGGUGAUGAUGUAGUAUUUAUGGUAGUCGGUCACAAAGAGGAGAACGAGUUGGUACUGAAUACUGUACUCAGGACGCUUAUAGAUGCACUCAAGCAGGUGCUCAACACUCCUCAACUUUACACUCGUCUGCUUCUGGAGAAUUACAAUGGGAUUGUCUUAACCGUCGAUGAAAUGAUUGAUGGGGGAAUUAUUUUAGAAACUGACCCCACAAAUAUCGCGUCGGAGGUGGUGCUGCACUCCCGAAAAGCUGGAAGCGAUGUGGCCUAUAAGGCAAUCAGCACCGUCAACCGCUACCUACGCGAUAAUAUGUGA